AUGAAGGCCUCUGUAGCGCUGGCGGUGUCGGGAAUUCAGGCGCAACGCAGGGGCAGAGAGGGCUACAGGGCCAAAGCCUCCUACGUGGAUGAAACGCUCUUUGGCAGCCAUGUGGCGCGGCAGGCAGAUGUCGUGGAGUUCGAUCCUCCGUGGGUGGAUAAGCAGCCCGAACGCCAGAGACCCUUGCUCUGGAGCCCUGCAGCAACGCGAUGGGAGGCUGAUGCUGACCCCUCAAAAGCUCCUGUAUCACCUACCGCUCCAAGAAAGACGAACAAGUACAGAUUGAAAUGUCGGACUCCGUCCUACUGUGACGAGACACUGUUCAGCACAAAGUCAGGAGGACAGGAUGGGGCCAUUCCCUGGAUGAAGGAGGAUGCAGCUAAACUCCGCCCUUUGCUUUGGACCUCACCUCCCGCUUCCAGAAACCAUUCAAGCCUUCCUUCUUGUCAAAAAGAGAAACCGUGGAGAGCCAUUCAUCGCGAAACACCCAGAUCUCGGCAGACUGAAGGGUUCGAGGCACAAAAAAAACACUCUUUUUGGAAAUAUCCAGUGCAUUCAGAUGAGGACGACCAGGGUAUCUUAGGCUGGACAGGCUACCACCCCAAUAGCCCGGUGUAUAGUGCCUUUGAUAUACUCCAGCCACCAGAGACUGAUUCAAGGACAAAUAGGCAGCAGAAUCACCUCCUCUUAGAUGCCUCCGUGGCUUUCCCAGGAUCUAGGCCACAUUCAAAGGGCAUAUCAAGGUCACCAUCUGCCAGGUUAUCAAGAGCUACAGGCUCAUGCAAACCUCGGCCUCCCUGGAAAUAG